AACAUUUUUUAGCAAAAAAAAGCGAGACAUCAAGAAGUGCGAGUUUUGUGUGUGGUGCCGCAGCAGCAGAGGAAAUCCACCGUGAGCCUGCAAUUUUUUCUCUUCCGGAGGCGAAAAAAUCCCAAUCGUUACCGCUUUUGGAACCCGCAAGCCUGUGACCGUAUAUUCCGCGAGCUGCAACCAGUGAAAAACACACCGUAAAGAUGCCUUCCAGCGAUCCUUUGCCACCGAAGGAGAGUGCUCUGUUCCGCAAGAUUCUGAAAUGUUACGAAAUGAAACAAUACAAAAAUGGGCUCAAGCUGGCCAAGCAGAUCCUGACCAAUCCAAAGUUUACCGAACAUGGCGAAACGCUGGCAAUGAAGGGUCUCACCCUGAACUGUCUCGGUCGGAAGGAGGAAGCGUACGACUACGUUCGCCGUGGUUUGCGCAACGAUCUGAAAUCGCACGUCUGCUGGCACGUGUACGGUUUGCUGCAGCGAUCGGACAAGAAGUACGAGGAAGCCAUCAAGUGCUACCGGAAUGCGCUCAAGUGGGAAAAGGACAACAUCCAAAUCUUGCGUGACCUGUCGCUACUGCAGAUACAGAUGCGCGACCUGGAAGGCUAUCGGGAAACCCGCCACCACCUGUUCAAGCUGCGCCCGUCGCAGCACGCCUCGUGGAUCGGGUUUGCCAUGAGUUACCAUCUGCUGGGGGACUACGAGACGGCCAACAACAUCCUGGAGACGUUCCGAUCCUCGCAAACGGUGGAAACCUACGACUACAAGCACAGUGAACUGCUCCUGUACCAGAACCAGGUGAUUCAGGAAUCGGGCAACUACGAGAAGGCGUUGCACCAUCUGAAAAAGUACCAAUCGCAAAUCCUUGACACACUCGCUGUGAAAGAGACCAUGGGUGAACUGUGCCUUAAGCUCGCUCGCCACGAGGAAGCCGUUGGAGUCUACCGGGAUCUGAUCAAGCGCAAUCCGGAAAACAUCGCCUACUAUCAGCAAUAUCUGAAGGCACUGCAAGUGGAGGAAGGACCCGAUGUGAUUGCAGCGUAUCAGAAAGUUCAAGCUGAAUACCCGCAAUCCUUCUGUGCCCGACGGUUACCGUUGGAUGAAGCCCAGGAUGAGACGUUCCGUACGCUUAUCGACGAACAUCUUCGUCGGAAUCUUCGGAAGGGUGUACCACCGCUGUUCGUAAAUCUCCGCUCACUCUAUCGCGAUGAGAAGAAGGUGCGGGUCAUAUCGGAACUGGUCGAAGGCUACCACCAGAAUCUGACGAGCAGCGGUUACUUUGCGGCGGCAGAUAAGGAACAAAGCUUGCCAAAAGAACCGGCUUCGGCACUGCUGUGGACUCUGUUCUACCUGGCACAGCACUACGAUCAUCUACGUGAAUCGGAGAAGGCAUUGGACUUUAUCAAUGCGGCCAUCGAACACACUCCGACGCUGAUUGAGCUGUUCGUCACCAAGGGUCGCAUCUACAAACACGCUGGCGAUGUUCUGGAAGCGGUCAAAUGGAUGGACGAAGCGCAGAGUCUCGACACGGCCGAUCGGUACAUCAACUCCAAGUGCGCCAAGUACAUGCUUCGUGCCAAUCAGAUCAAGGAAGCGGAAGAAAUUUGCGCCAAAUUCACCCGCGAGGGCGUCUCGGCGAUGGAAAAUCUCAACGAGAUGCAGUGCAUGUGGUUCCAGACGGAGUGUGCCCUUUCCUAUCAGCGGCUGGAGAAGUGGGGUGAAUCGCUGAAAAAGUGCCACGAGGUGGAUCGACACUUUUCGGAAAUCAUCGAAGAUCAGUUCGACUUUCAUACGUACUGUAUGCGCAAGAUGACGCUGCGCUCGUACGUGGGAUUGCUCCGGCUGGAGGACGUGUUACGAAGGCAUCCGUUCUACUUCAAGGCUGCCAAGUGCGCUAUCGAGGUCUAUCUUCGCCUCUUUGACAAACCAUUACCGGCGGAAUCUGCUGAGGAAGAACUUGAUAUUGAAAACUUACCGCCAUCGGAACUGAAAAAGCUCCGCAACAAGCAACGCAAAGCAGCCAAGAAGAAGGCCGAACAGGAAAAUGCUCAAGCUGCCCAGGCGAACCAGAAGAAGGAACAGCACAACAAGCAGCGGAAUCCAAACCAAGACGGUGAUCCAGAGGCACCCCAGCUGGACGAACUAAUACCGGACAAACUGGCCCGACCGGAGGAUCCCCUCGAGAAGGCGAUCGAGUUCCUCCGACCGCUGCAGAUGCUCGGAAAAGACAACAUCGAAACCCAUCUGAUGGCGUUCGAAAUCUACAGCCGCCGGGGUAAGCUGCUGCUGAUGUUGCAAUCGCUGAAACGGGCUCACGCUAUCGAUGCCAACCACCCGACGUUGCACAAUUGUGCAAUCCGGUUCUACAAAAUCUUGGAAAGCAAAAUUGUUGGCAAUGAAGUUGAUGAAAGCGUAAAGCUGGUCAUCGAUCGGGCACGGGAGAAGCUCUUCCGGGGGCAGAAAUCGGUUGCGGAAAUAAACGAUGGCUACCUGGCAGCGAACCGGGACAACGCGGAUGCACGGUUCGAGGUGGCCAAGGUUAUGUAUCAACAGGACGAGAAGAAGCGGGACGAAGCGGUAAAGUUGCUUACAUCGGCGGAUUUGAAGACGGUGACACUGGAGAAUGCAACGAAAGUUUACCUGCUACUAAAGGCUGGCUUCUUCAGCGGUGUCACCGAGGAGCAGGUGGAUGAAUUCAAAAAGUGCUGCCAAAAGCGAUUCCCGCUGGCGGUUGUGUUCGCCGAUGUUGCCUCGACUGUUGCCACUCUCACCACCACCCAGUCGUCGUCGCCGGCAUCGUCAGCGACCGUCACGACCAGUGCCACCGGAACGACUAUGUGCCCGGUGGAGCAACAGUCAGCGAAAGCCACCACCCCGCAGCCACAGCAAAACAACAAGGCAAACGAAAUAAAAGCCAACUAAAACUAGCCUAGCCGAUUUCGAACUGUUCAAACCGAAACACAACAC